AUGCAGAACGAAGCAAGUGGAAAUAUAGCACGUGUCGCCGUCAAAUCCCCUCUAUUUUGGCGUGCUAAUCCGGAACUAUGGUUCAAGCAAAUAGAGAGCCAAUUUAUUCUCGCCGGUGUGACAACUGAAAUUACGAAAUUUCACCAUAUUGUGUCGGUAUUGCAACCUGAAGAAUUGGAGGUCGUCGGUGACAUUAUGCAAGAUCCGCCUGCAGAAAGACCCUACGAAGCACUGCGAAGAAGAUUGUGUUGUCAGUACGCUCAAAGUGAGGAGCAAAAAUUAAAGGACGUUAUUUCCGGGAUGCAGCUCGGGGAUAGAAAACCUUCCCGAUUGCUGAUAGAAAUGAGGAAUAAGGCCGGCAAUAAGUUCAGCGAAGAGGUAUUGAAGUCCUUGUUUCUUCAACGACUGCCUAACCACGUGCAGCAGAUCUUGGCUAUCACCAACGACAAAUUGGAGCGGUUAGCGGAGAUGGCCGACGGAAUCAUGGCAGCAGCAACGGAUACUGUUUCGAUCCAGGCUGUGUCAUCAGAAGCAUCCAUGCAAACCACUCUGAUGGAGAUCUCGUCCCGCCUAUCUCGCCUAGAGGCACGUCCCAGGUCCCGCUCCCGAGAGUCUGCGUUUCAAGCGGAGAGCACAGCAGUGCAGACCACCUUGCUCUUUUUCGGCGGAAAACUGAAACGGCCGUCACUCGGACCAUCGGGUGACGGCUCAACUGAAAUUCACCGUUUGUACCUGUCUGAUAGAUCAACAUCUUCAAACUUCCUGAUUGAUACAGGUGCAGAUAUUUCAGUUAUUCCACCCUCAUCGCCCAAGCAACGCUCUGAAAAGGCGAAACUUCAACUUUUUGCAGCAAAUGGCACUGAAAUACCUACCUUUGGUCAGCUUCUCCUCAAGUUAGAUUUAGGCCUGCGUAGAGCUUUCCAUUGGCCGUUUGUAAUUGCAGCAGUUUCGCAACCAAUUAUUGGUGCAGAUUUUCUUCGCCACUUUGGACUGUUAGUCGACGUUCGCCAAGGAUGCUUAAUCGACCCUCUUACAAAACUUCAAUCACGAGGAAUAGUGAAGAGUGAUCAGAGUGCCAGCAUCAAAACAAUCAAGGGAGAUACAGAGUUCCAUCAACUGCUGUCUGAGUUUCCUUCGCUCACUGAAGCUAGUUCGACGCACCAGGCUAAACACGAUGCCAAGCACUGCAUUCAAACUACGGGACCCCCAGUAUUCUCAAGACCGCGAAGACUACCCCCUGACAAGCUAAGGGCUGCGAAGCAGGAGUUUGAAUUUCUGGUGGCAACAGGAGUUUGUAGGCCUUCGAAAAGCUGCUGGGCCUCACCUCUUCACAUGGUUCCCAAAAGCAAUGAAGACUGGCGUCCAUGUGGAGAUUUCAGGAAGCUGAAUAGCGUGACAAUUCCAGAUCGCUAUCCAGUGCCACAUAUCCAAGACUGCUUGCAGGUGCUCGAAGGAAAGAAGAUUUUCUCAACUCUGGACCUGGCAAAGGCCUAUCAUCAGAUUCCAGUGCAAGAAGAAGACGUUCCAAAGACAGCCGUUGCUACGCCCUUUGGACUUUUCGAAUUUUUGUACAUGCCGUUUGGACUUUCCAACGCUGCUGCCACGUUCCAAAGAUUCAUUCAUCACGUCUUGAGUGGUAUGGACUUUUGUGUGCCAUAUUUCGACGACGUCCUGGUCGCAUCAGAAAAUAACAGCCAGCAUUUGGAACAUCUGAAGAAAGUAUUCCAGCGCUUACAGGAGUACGGCGUGCGACUAAAUGCUUCCAAGUGUGUCCUGGGGAAAUCAUCCGUGAAAUUUCUGGGCCACAUUGUUACGCUUGAUGGCAUUAUUCCACUCCCAGAAAAGGUAUCGGCUAUUACGGAAUUCCCUGAACCAAGUACGGUGAAAGAGCUCCGGAGAUUCCUGGCACUCAUUAAUUUCUAUCGGCGUUUCGUGCAUAAACUCGACCUUCGACCCUUCACUUGA